AUGUCGACCCCGCUGUUCCGGAGACUGGCCCAGUAUAACCAGCCCCAGCCCCAGGCCGAGCAGGAGCAGGAACCGCCGGGCCGGCCGCCGGCGAGGAGCCAGUCCAUCAAGCGCCCACUCCCGCCACUGCCCACCACCCCACUCACCCCCAGCCGGGCCAAGCCACUCCCCCAGCCACCCCCACCAGCCCAUCCCAGACAGAACGACCCAACAACAACAUCCCUCGAGCAGCAUCCCUAUCGACAGCAGCAGCAGCAGCAGACACCUGCCAGCCACUUCCACCCACCCAGCCAUCCCCGCUUCUCCGACCAGCCAAUCCCGGACCAAGAGCGUCCUCAUGGCGCACGGGACGCGCUGCCCACCCUGGUCGUCGAUCCAGAGGAAGACCGCACAGAAGACCCCGAGCCUCCAGCCAGCAUGCCCGAAAUCGUCGUUCCCCGGAUGGUCUUCAACGACGACGACUGCGAGGAUGCGGAGGAGCAGACGGGCGUGCCCCGGAUGGUCGUGACGGCCGAGGAGGAGAGCGUGCCCGGGAUCACACUCAUCGCCGGCCGCAUCGUCCACGCUAUCAACGCUCGCUGGCACCCCGAUUGCUUCGUCUGCCAGCAUUGCGGCCUCGUCCUCGAGCACGUCGCUUUCUACGAACACGAGGGGAAGGCGUACUGCGGCGUGGACUACGACGACCUAUUUAGUCUGAAAUGCUACCAUUGCAACACGUCGAUCAACGAGGACUCGUACGUGACUCUGGACGACGCAAGCCUCCCCGACGGGCCCCGCCACUACCACAAGCUGCACCUGUUCUGCUCGGAAUGCGGGGACCCCUUCAUCGACCCGAAGAGCCUCGAGGAGCGCUCGCGCAUCUCCCGCGCCUCGGCCCCGGCCCCCCUCCCCCAGGACCACCACAUCUCUCCGCCCCCCGCCGAUCCCAAACCGUUCGUGAUGUUCAACGGCUUCCCCUACUGCGAGAAAUGCGACAUCCGACUCCAUCGCCCCAAAUGCUUCGCGUGCAAAGCCCCAAUCGUCGCCGACUUCGUCAACGCCCUCAACAAGCUCUUCCACUCCCACUGCUUCGUCUGCUUCGAAUGCACCCAGCCGUUCUCCAAUAACCAGUUCUUUUUGGUCCCCCUAUCAGCCGUUGAUCCCGCGCUCGAUCCGAAAUCCAAACGCGGCGCCCAGCAAGUGCCCAUCUGUCUCAACUGCUACUCUUGA